AUGAAUUAGAUCUAAAGUAUCCAAGAUCUUAAACUCAAAUAAGAGGAAUUCUUCAUCCUAUCUAACAAAAACUACAGAAGCUGCCCUAGACAUCCUGAUAACUGGAUUGUUUCGUUAAGCACUAAUCCUAAUUCUAGCCAAUUCAUUCAAUGCGCUGAGUGUUUUUCUGAGAAUCCCAAUUAAUAUUAUUUGAAUUUAGUUGGACUUAUUAAGGAAAAUGAAAAAACUGUUUUUAAGAACUACCCAGUUUAUGGCGAUAAUGAGCUUUACGAGAAACUUAAGCAAAUCUUUGAGGCUGAUUGCUCUGUUGAUGGAUUGUUAUCUAAAAUUUCAUCUUUUUUCUUAAACUUAAGAAAAUAAAUCGACCAAAAAAUAAUACUUAAAGAAGAACAGAUGAUGAGCUAAGCAAAGUCAUUAUGGAGCUUAAAUGAACAGGUAAUUAUUUAAUAUAAUAAAUUAGCCGAAAAGGAAUAGCUUAAGAAUAUCAUCACCAAUUUCAAAGAUGACCUUGACAAGUAAAAUGAGCUUUUUAAAGAAUUAUUCACUCGAAUUUCUACUAACUAGAAAAAAUAUUAAGAAGAAUUGAAUGAAAAGAUUGAUUUCUUCGAAACUUAAAAGUCAAUGAUUAAUUUUGAAACAGCAGAAAGUAUUAAUUAGAAUAUUGUGCAAUUAAUUGAUUCAAUUGAUAUGUUUGUUAUCAAAAACUUUGAAGAUCUCAAAAUUGAUAAUUCAAAAGAAAAGUUAGAAUUGUAUGAAAAAGAUAUUUAAACUAAAGACAAAAAUGAAAUGACAACAAGCUAGUUAAUGGCUAAGCUAAUUAGCAAUAGAUCAAAUUGUUGCUCGCAGGAGUUAACUAAAGAGCUACAAAAAAUAGUGUUCAAGUUAUCAAACAGCAUUGAUAGAGUUGACAUUAAAAACCUUUUAAAUGAAGAUUUGUUGGAAUUGGAAUUUGAUAAGAUGAAUGAUGAAUAAUUUAAUUUAAUUAAGGACUUGUCUAGACGCUUCAUAACAGGUAAAUAAGAAUUAGAUGAAAGAAGUGACAAUAAAGAUAAAUUAAUUAAAUUAAUAUCAAAUAAAUUUAAUUUCUGUUCAGAAUAAUUUCUUAGCAAUUUAUCAGCUCAGUUUGAUAGUUUCCUUCCUAUAAUUAACAAAAUUAACUUCAAAGAUUACUUACAACCUAACAAGACUCCAAUAAAUGCAGAUUUUCUAAAUAAUUUGUAGCUUUUAGAAAUUGCAGAUCUUGUUUAAAGAUUAGAAACUUCAAAUAAUAACUAGAAUUAGAAUGAUAUGGAUCAAAAUCUAUAAAAUUAAUAAAUAAAGAUAAAGCAAUAAAAACUGAUUUCACUUUUAGAAAACAAAACAAAUUAUUGUCAUGAUUAUUUUAUUUAAAAUGCAAAAAACUCUAUUUAGAAAUAUUCAUAAAUUAUCAAUCAUUUAUUUUUAAAUGUAGAAAUUUUCAAAGAAAAUAAAAGCUAAACUAUUGAUUUUAGCAAACUUACAACUAAACAAAUUGAUAACUUAGAAUAAUUAGCUAAUAAAAUAUCUUAACUUACUCAAUAGUUUGGACAAGCUUACUACAAUAAUAUUGAAUAGUUACUUGUAAAUUAUCCAAUUUUUGAAACUAUAAAUUUACCUUAAUUAGAAUUUAUCAAAUCAAAUUUGAGUGAAAGUUAAUAAUUAAUUUUAGAAAAAAAUAAGCUAUUUGGCUAUAUAGUAAAGCAACCCAAAUCAUUAUACGGUUAAAUAUUUACUAGAGAUAAAUUAGAUCCUAACUUAAAUUAUAUUUUUAGAUGUAAAGUCAACAAGAAUUUAAAUUGUCAUAAUUUAUCAUUUGGAAUAAUGAAUACAUAACAAAUACAUAAUUCAUAUUUAUAUUCAGAAAAUUGUUGCUUUCACACGAGUAGCAGUGGAUUUGGUUUAGAUAAAAUAUUAAAAGGAAAAAAGUUAAAUGAAGUGCAAUAAGAAAUAAAUGAAUUAGAAAUUAGAGUUAAUAUUUCUAAGAGAGUUGUAUUAUUUAUGGACUAUCCAAAAUAUUAAAAUAUAAACAAAGUUGAUGAGUCUAAAAUAAUAUAAGACAAAAAUUAUAGCUUUGGAAUAUAUUUUUCUACUCCAGGUGAUGAUUAUAAUAUUGAAAUAAAAACAUUAUUCAUUGACGAUAAAUAUUUAGAAAACUUUGAUUAAAAAUGA